AUUGCGUUCAUUCUUGUAGUCACUGCUGCAUUGGUUCAAAGAAUAACGUUGCUGGCUUUUAGGUAGAGGACGGUCGCCUUACGCGACUAUUACCGGUAUGCGUGGAACGCGACAAAUAUUUCAGCUAAUAGUCUCUGGUAAAGGACGGCACAAGGAGAUUAAGGAUGUGUUAAAGUGUAGCCGUAGGGGCUACCACCCAAGAGUCGCAGACGAGGGCGCGGAGCAGCUACGCACGCUGAACCGCAUAGGGCAGCAUGAGGCAGUUGUCAGUGCUUUUGAGCAGAACCGAGUCGCCAAUACGCCCGAAACUUUGGCUGAGUAUGUCAAGGCGCUUACACGCUUGGACCGCUUAGACCCAGCGCGGUUCCAUGCGCUAGCUCAGCGUGGGGGCCUGGCCGCCGGCAGUGCUGCCCGGCAAGCCUCCGACUACGCCCCCAGCACCAGCGCAUUCCACUCCGGCGGCUGGGGGAGCGGCGCAGGCGGGGGCGGGGCCGGCAGCAGCGGCUACUAUGGAGCCGGCGGGGCGGGCAAUGCCGGCUUUGCUGCUGGACCAGCCCUGGGCGCCGCCGGUGCUGCCGCCCUUGGCGGUGCCGGCGGCGCCGCAGCGGAAGGGGCUAUGGGGUCGCCCAAGAACCCGCUGGUCAUGACGUUUGCCGAGCCCAGCUUCUCCAGCCAGGUGUGGCGCACCGUCCGCACGCUGGGUGGCGCCUUCAUCCUGGUGACCUGUCUGGGCACCCUGCUGGACGACAAGGGCCUCACCAAGUCCUUCCUCAACAACCCCGACCUCAAGCCGCAGAUGAACAGCUCCACGCGGUUCGCAGACGUGAAGGGGGUGGACGAGGCCAAGCAUGAGUUGGAGGAGAUCGUGGAGUACCUGCGUGACCCGCACAAAUUCACCGGGCUGGGUGGCAAGCUGCCCAAGGGGGUGCUGCUGGUGGGGCCGCCGGGGACAGGCAAGACCAUGCUGGCGCGUGCCAUCGCAGGUGAGGCGGGCGUGCCCUUCUUCUACACCUCCGGCUCCGAGUUCGAGGAGGUGUUUGUGGGGGUGGGCGCCCGCCGCGUGCGCGACCUGUUCGCUGCCGCGAAGAAGCACGCGCCCUGCAUCAUCUUCAUCGACGAGAUCGACGCCAUCGGCGGCAACCGCAACCCCAAGGACCAGCAGUACAUGCGCAUGACGCUCAACCAGAUGCUGGUGGAGCUGGACGGGUUCAAGGCCACCGAGGGCAUCAUCGUGGUCGCCGCCACCAACUUCGCCGAGGUGCUGGAUAAGGCGCUGGUGCGGCCGGGGCGCUUCGACCGGCACAUUGUGGUGCCCAACCCGGAUGUGGAGGGACGCAAACAGAUCCUGGAGACACACAUGCAGAAGAUCCCCAAGAGUUCCGACCUGGACCUCUCCGUCAUCGCUCGCGCCACUCCGGGCUUCAGCGGCGCCGACCUGGCCAACCUGGUCAACGUAGCGGCCCUGCACGCAGCCAAGACGGGACUCAAGGAGGUGGGCAUGCGCAGCAUGGAGUAUGCACGCGAUCGCAUCAUGAUGGGUGCCGAGCGCAAGUCAGCAGCCGUCAGCGAGCGCUCCCGCCGCCUGACCGCCUACCACGAGGGCGGUCAUGCACUGGUGGCGCUGCUGACGGAGGGAGCGGACCCCGUGCACAAGGCCACCAUCGUGCCUCGCGGCUUUGCGCUGGGCAUGGUGAGUCAGCUGCCGGAGGAGGAUGCGACCAGCAUGUCGCGCAGGCAGAUGCUGGCGCGGCUGGAUGUGUGCAUGGGCGGCCGGGUGGCGGAGGAGCUGAUCUUCGGGCCGGAUGACGUCACCACUGGCGCGUCGUCGGACCUGCGGAUGGCCACGGCGCUGGCGAGGGCGAUGGUGACCAAGUACGGCAUGAGCGAUCGAUUGGGGCAGGUGGCUCUGGACUACGAGGAUGGGCAAUCCAUGAGCAGCGAGACGCGUGCUGCGGUGGAGGAGGAGGUGCGCAAGCUGGUGCAGGGGGCGUACGAGCGAGCCAAGAACCUGCUCAAGGGCCACGAGAG